CUGCUGCCGAUCAUCACACAUGCGUCUUCCUUUCCACUUCACCUUCCUCUCGAUAGAUUGAUACAUACGAUAGACGAUCUCCGUUCGCUGCUGCUCUUUCGAUUCUUACCAGCCGCUCGCUCUUUCGCUUCCACACAGUCGCUAUCACUUACAGUAAUAAUAUCCUCGCCAAAAUGCGCUCCACCGUCGUCGCUUCGGCGCUCGCAGCCUUGCUCGCUCCCUCCCUCAUCUCCGCCGCGACCUGUUACAAGGGCGCCUACAUCUUGUCCGCUCGCGGAACCAACGAGGCACGAGAGAAUUCUUCCCUGAUUACCAUCGGCGACGCUCUUGUCAUCGCCAUUCCCGACUCAUACUACGAGGAGAUCGACUACCCAGCCAGCUUCCAGAUCGUCAAGUCCACAAUAGAAGGAGUCACCGACAUGCGCAAGCGUUUGGUAGAUUACUACAACUCGUGUCCCGAUGGCAAGACUGUCCUUCUCGGUUAUUCACAGGGUGCCAUUGUCAUCGAUUUGAUGCUCGCUGGCGGUACCUUUUCGACCCUCAAGAACUCGAAUUUGACGCGGAUCAUCCCUAAUCUGGCGGAUUUGGAGAACGUAACGGUGCCAGCGCAGUUGCCGGACAACAUUGGCAAGAAUAUCGCUGCCAUCGCUACCUGGGGAGACGGAACAUGGGCUGCAAACCAAGGUGGCAUGCCGCUUUGCAAUCACUGCACCAGCGAAGCUCUCCUCCCUCUCCGUCCCUUCGGCAGUCAAUACUACGACAACAUGGAACGCUACGCCGACCGCCUCCAAGACAACUGCCACGCCGAAGACCCGCUCUGCUGCGCGACCGGCACCAACGGCCUCGCCCACCUCUCCUACUUCAACAUCGAGACCGAAAACGCCGCCGUGCAAUUCGUCAAGCAGAAAUACGCUCAGAUCGCAGGCUCCUCCGCCAGCGCCUUCGCCGCUACUGUCACCGUCUCCUCGACGAAAUCCUGCGUCAGCAUUUUUGGAAACAACACCCCAAGCACCACCUCUGGUGCAGGGACCACGAUGACUAGCGGCGGCGCGACCACGUCGCCUACUACUGGCUCGUCGAAUACCGGCUCGAGGACUUCUUCUGCUGCGCCGACAUCGACCUCGCCCGGUGCUGCCUGCCGUACUGCUGCUGCGGGUCAGGCACUUGGUGCGCUUGCUGCGGCGCUUUGUGCGGGUUCUUUAUUGAUUUAGAGAGGCAUUUUUUUCUUUUAUAUUUGGAUUAGGUCAAAAAAAGUGAAAGGGGGUGGAAUGUUAUUCUCGUUCGGAUUCGUAGUGGUUCUUUUGAAAAGCGAAUUCAUAGUGCGAUUAUUAUUGGUUUGCCGAGACUCGGCGUGCGCGGUGUGUGUGUGAAGUCGUUUCAUGAUGAGUUCUCUUUGGUUCUCGAGUCGGCAAUUUGCUGUUCAGUGUUCAUUCAAGGGUAUGAGAGUACUCCAUUUCAUGCCGUUUGCGACGCACGUGC